CUCUUGUGAAUUAAAAAUGGCGAGCCGUGCUGGUUCAGCUAGACGCGCUCCUGAAAAUGAAGCGACGAUCCAAUAUGUUCAGUGCGAUGGACUGGCAGUGAUGAAAAUAGUGAAACACUGUCAUGAAGAAUCAUGCAGCAACAUGGAGGUGGCUCAGGGAGCUCUCCUUGGUUUGGUCGUUGAGAACCGUCUGGAGAUUACCAACUGCUUCCCAUUUCCAAAGCAUGACGACACCAUGGAUGAGGAGGAAUACCAGUUGGACAUGAUGAGGAGGCUUCGAAGAGUCAAUGUUGAUCAUUUUCAUGUUGGAUGGUACCAGAGUGCAGAUGUAGGCAAUUUUCUAAGCCUUUCGUUAUUAGAGUCACAAUAUCACUAUCAGACCUCUAUUGAGGAGAGUGUUGUUGUGAUUUACGAUACAAAGAAAUCAGCCAGAGGAUUCUUGACUUUGAAGGCCUAUCGUUUGACACCUCAGGCUAUUGCUAUGUACAAGGAAGGCGAUUACACUCCGGAAGCACUACGUAACCUGAAGAUUGGCUAUGAAAAUCUAUUCAUUGAAGUGCCAAUUGUUAUCCGGAACUCUCCAUUAACUAACAUAAUGAUCUCUGAGCUCACCGAGAUGAUACCUGAAGAGGAAGGAUCCAAGUUUUUGGAUCUGGGUACUGCAUCUGUUCUCGAAGGACAACUUCGCAGUCUCAUGGAACGUGUUGAUGAACUGAAUCAAGAAGCGAUCAAGUUCAAUAGGUACCAACAGCUGGUGGUCAGGCAGCAACAAGACAAGCAUCGUUGGAUGGUGAAGAGGGCACAGGAAAAUGCUGCUAGGGCUGCUAAAGAUGAGACCCCGUUGCCAGAAGAAGACGUGAACAAACUCUUUAAACCUCAUCCAGUCCCGCCAAGGUUGAAUCCUAUGAUCGUAGCCGGACAAAUAGACACAUACAGCCAACAUAUAAGCCAGUUCUGUAGUCAGAGUCUAGCGAAAUUGUAUUUGACUCAGGCUCUUCAGAACGCGAAAGAAGCGAAACAAAACAACUAGUUUUUUUGUAUGGUAUUAAAAAUGAUUUGGUCAUA